AUGUACGAUAAAAACAGCGAAUACUACAUUUUGGCGCAUAAACCAGCUAGGUCGGUUAAUAUUCCGAAAUCAAUACCAACUCCAAAUGCCACGUCAGUGACAUCGCUAACGUCAGUGAAUAUUACUUCAAGUCCAACAUCAGUGACAAGUGCAACGUCUGCUACAUCACCGACAAGUGUCACUUCUGGUACAUCACCAACAUCAGUAACCAUGACCAGUGCAACGUCUGCUACCUCGCCGACAAGUGCCACGUCUGCAACAUCUCCAACAUCAGUAACAAGUGUCACCUCUGUCACUAGCCCCACUCAAACCUCCGUGACAAGUGCAACAUCUGCAACAUCGGCGACGUCGAUUACUAGUCCAACAUCAGUGACAAGUGCAACGUCUGCUACGUCACCGACAAGUGUCACUUCUGCUACAUCACCAACAUCAGUAACCAGUGCCACUUCUGUUACAAGUCCGACAUCAGCGACUUCUGCUACAUCCCCAACAUCAGUAACCAGUGUCACCUCCGUUACAAGCCCCACAUCAGUAACUUCCCCGACAAUAACUAGUCCAACAUCAGUGACCAGUGCAACGUCUGCUACCUCGCCGACAAGUGCCACGUCUGCAACAUCUCCAACAUCAGUAACCAGUGUCACCUCUGUUACUAGCCCCACGUCGGCGACCUCUGCCACAUCACAAACAUCACAAACCUCCGUGACAAGUGCAACAUCUGCAACAUCGGCGACGUCGAUUACUAGUCCAACAUCGGUGACAAGUGCAACGUCUGCUACGUCACCGACAAGUGUCACUUCUGCUACAUCACCAACAUCAGUAACCAGUGCCACCUCUGUUACAAGUCCGACUCAAACCUCCGUGACAAGUGCAACAUCUGCAACAUCGGCGACGUCGAUUACUAGUCCAACAUCUGUGACAAGUGCAACGUCUGCUACGUCACCGACAAGUGUCACUUCUGCUACAUCACCAACAUCAGUAACCAGUGCCACCUCUGUUACAAGUCCGACAUCAGCGACUUCUGCUACAUCCCCAACAUCAGUAACCAGUGUCACUUCCGUUACAAGCCCCACAUCAGCAACUUCGCGGACAACUAGUCCAACAUCGGUGACCAGUGUAACUUCUGCAACCUCACCGACAAGUGCCACGUCUGCAACAUCUCCAACAUCAUUAACCAGUGCCACCUCUAUUACAAGUCCUACAUCAGCGACUUCUGCUACAUCCCCAACAUCAGUGACCAGUGUCACUUCCCUUACAAGCCCCACAUCAGCAACUUCGCGGACAAGUCAGACUUCUGCUACAUCAGUUACCUCUGCCACAAGUCAAACCUCCGUGACAAGUGCAACAUCUGCAACAUCGGCGACGUCGAUUACUAGUCCAACAUCUGUGACAAGUGCAACGUCUGCUACGUCACCGACAAGUGUCACUUCUGCUACAUCACCAACAUCAGUAACCAGUGCCACCUCUGUUACAAGUCCGACAUCAGCGACUUCUGCUACAUCCCCAACAUCAGUAACCAGUGUCACUUCCGUUACAAGCCCCACAUCAGCAACUUCGCGGACAAGUCAGACUUCUGCUACAUCAGUUACCUCUGCCACAAGUCAAACCUCCGUGACAAGUGCAACAUCUGCAACAUCGGCGACGUCGAUUACUAGUCCAACAUCUGUGACAAGUGCAACGUCUGCUACGUCACCGACAAGUGUCACUUCUGCUACAUCACCAACAUCAGUAACCAGUGCCACCUCUGUUACAAGUCCGACGUCAGCGACUUCUGCUACAUCUCCAACAUCAAACAACUAUUACUAUAACAACAACAGUAACAAGUCCAACAAGUGCAACGUCACAGACAAGCCCUACGUCAUUUGUGCCGAGUGA